AUGAUUACCAAAUCGUUUUUAUUCCUUACAUUUUUGGCGUUUGGCAAACAAGAAUCGCUGGAAAUUUGCGAGGUAGAAAAUCAGAGCUGCCAUAAAGUUUCUUAUGAAAAAUACAUAUUUUAUGAUGUGAACCCAUCGGAAGGUUUUAAUUUACGUCGCGAUGUGUACAUGAGAUUUGCUAUUAUGCUGGCCGAAGCCCAAGAAAGUGGUAGGCGCCUCAGUUGGAGGUUAGUUUUGCCUCCUUGGUAUAAUUUAUACCACUGGAAAUCUGUUACCAAAAAAAACGUUCCACUGCCAUGGGGCAGUUUCUUCGAUGUUAAAUCAAUGCAGUCAUUUUCUCCAAUCGUAGAAUUAUAUGACCUAUUUGAUAAAGCCAAACAACACCCUGUUAUUAUUGAUCGUAUUUAUGUCUUGCAAAAUUUUGCUGAUGCAUUCGAAAACGGUGAAUUUAUUGAAAAAUGGGAAGUCAGUUCAGGUUGUAAUUAUGAGGGUUUCUGGGGUUAUAACAACAUAACAGCCAAGGAAGUGAUCUGCAUAAAUUUUCAAGGUAAAAUCUCUAAACUUUGGGAAUUAAUUGGACUCCACCCACAAGACAAAUACAUCAUGUUUGCUCAUGGAGAAAUAGCCUUACAUGAUGCCUAUGGAACAAAAACUUAUUGGGAUUGCAGAAGAAGCAUGAAAUUCAAUGAUCAACUAGUACAAAGAGCAGAAGAGUUUGUAUCUAAGUACUUGGAAUGUAGUACAAAAAUGUGCAACAACUACAUAAGUAUUCAUUGGCGAAGGCAGGACUUUGCACGGUAUCGUAAAAAAGAUGUACCAUCUAUCAAGGGCACAGCUCAACAAAUAAAAAAGGCAGUGAAGCACUUUAAUUCAUAUAUAAACAAAGUAUAUAUAGCAACCGAUGCGGCAAUAUCUUCUUUACGAGACUUGGAAAUAGAGCUUACUCACUUAGGUUUUUCAGUAUACUACUAUAUGCCAUCAAAAGCAGAUAUAGAGAAAUUCAGAGACGGAGGAGUAGCAAUUAUUGAUCAAAUUAUAUGUUCCUAUGCAGCAUAUUUUAUUGGCACACAUGAGAGUACAUUUUCAUUCAGGAUUCAAGAGGAGAGAGAAAUCUUAGGUCAUGAUAGCAGCUCAACAUUUAAUCGAUUUUGUCCUGAUUCAGGACCUUGUGAGCGACCAUCAAAGUGGACUAUAGUUUAUUAA